AUAUUGGACACCGGUGUCGUACUUCCUUAUAUACGACACCUACCAUUUCUUGGCCCCCAGAGCUCCAAUCGGCGUACAACAAAAUGCGCUGUGUAGCCACGGCCCGCAGCUAUCAGCCCAUACCAUUUUGGGUCAAAUCGGCCAAGGAAAAUGCGGAGAAAGAGCCGAAAAUAGGGGGCUACGCAACUUACCGGGGGGGUGUCAGCGACGUUCCGGUCAUAACUCCUUGCACAGACAUCGCCUGAUCGCACGUAAACUCGCGAUGAGUAGAUAAGCUUAUAUACGACACCGCCCGUUUCUCGCCACACACGGCGCGGAUGGACAUCAGACCACGUGCACUACAUUGGUACAGUCCAUAGCUAUCGUUCAAGCCGCUGUGGGGCGAAAUCCACCCAGUCAGUGCCAUGGUACGCCUACACCCGGCGGGACGGUGUCCCCGAGGGCGGUGUCGUAGAUAAGCUUAUAGACGACACCGCCCGUUUCUCGCCACACACGGCGCCGAUGGACACCACACCACGUGCACUACAUUGUUAUGGCCCAUAGCUAUCGUUCAAGCCGCUGUGGGGCGAAAUCCACCCAGUCAGUGCCAUGGUACGCCUACACCCGCCGGGACGGUGUCCCCGAGGGCGGUGUCGUAGAUAAGCUUAUAGACGACACCGCCCGUUUCUUGGCACACACGGCGCCGAUGGACACCACACCACGUGCACUACAUUGUUAUGGUCCAUAGCUAUCGUUCAAGCCGCUGUGGGGCGAAAUCCAAUCAGUCAGUGCCAUGGUAGGCCUACACCCGCCGGGACGGUGUCCCCGAGGGCGGUGUCGUAGAUAAGCUUAUAGACGACACCGCCCGUUUCUCGCCACACACGGCGCGGAUGGACAUCAGACCACGUGCACUUCAUUGGUACAGCCCAUAGCUAUCGUUCAAGCCGCCGUGGGGCGAAAUCCACCCAGUCAGAUUGUGGGUCAACCUUGUCAAAGGGGGGGGUAGCGUCCACCUGUGUUGUUCGAAAAGCAUGUCAGCCGCAUAUUCAAGUGUGAUAAAGAGGUGAGAUGUCACCGGUGAGGAGCGAGAGGAGAGGGGGUGGGGGGAGGAGAGGGAAAGAGAGGUGCCGGCGACAGGAGUGUAAAACGUGUCCACGAAGUCGAAACAGGGAUUCGACAUCAUUUGGUAGGGUCCGGGUUAGGUGCGUAUGCAUGUUAUUUUAUGCAUACCAUGCAACAAAGUUUUUUUCGGGGGGAUCGAGGGCUCGAGGACACAUGAUCAUGUACAUCAUGUGCCCACGACCACUGACACUAACGACGUUCGAGCCGAUCCACCGCGCCUACACUUGUAUCAUUACCCCCGAAGAUGAGACGAUGCGGUGCUAGUCAUUCGGUCGUUUCUGUAUCUGUUUUUGUGACUGUCCGGUGGGGUGACCUCAGACCUACCCAGGAACUCGAGGUGUAAAUUGUGUGAGUGAUGUUGCUGUGGAGAAAGGUUAUUUAGUGCAAUCCUCAGGCGACGAAUCUGUGGUGCACAAGAAUUGUAGAUUCAGGCGACUCUCCCUUGACUGCUGAUCUAUGGUCAUUGAUUUCGUUCACACGUCUUUUUGCUCGGCGUCCCGAGUGCUGAGGGUAAGCUGGAGCGAUGAGCUCUCCUUCUCUGUCUGGAUGGGAGGUUUGGUGCAUGUGGACCAGGCAGUGCCAUUGUAAAUUUUUGGAGCCAGCUCGGGCGUACAACUGAGCCGUUUGUUAGACUUUGAUAGCGACCUUUUAGGACGGACUAACCGAUGUUAACCGUAGCAAGCCUAGGUUCCUGACGCGCGCAAGGCCAGGUUUCUCACUCCAACCAACCCUAACCCUACCCCUCACCCACGGCUAACGCACGGCCUAGCGGCCGCGAACUGGGCGAGCAUGCGGCGCAGCCUCGUGCUCGGAACGGGGAGAGGGCGCUGGAGAGGAAUCGGCCGUUAGAACCAACGCCAAACAAUGCCCGACCAAUCAGAAUGCGUUAGUCCUAAAGAUCUACUAUCAAUCAAUGUCUAGUGCGACAACUUGCGAACGAGACAACAACUUGCGAGGAGCGAUGGAUCCGAAAGGGCCAGCUUCUCUUCCUACGAAUUCCCGACGGAGUUGUUUGUAUCUUCCGAACAAACACAUAAAGCAACCACGAUGGUAAUUCGUUGUGUUUUGCAGGGGAUGGACUAAUAAAUACUAGAAAAACCUGUAUCGGCGGUGAAACGUGUGUGUUUUUUUCGAACGUGAAGAUAACCUUACAGAAUCUCUUCGUCGACGGCAAUGAGGAUACUAGUCCCUGUCGGAGACAGAUGCCGGUACUCUUGCAGUAUUCACCCACUGCUAAGGGUGGCUAUUUCCUUUCGUUAGAUGUAACGAGGAGAGGAAGGUAGAAAAAGACUGACCAGAGGGUCGAGAGAGGAGAGCUGGAGGCUUCCCAUCUCUUUUUUCGGCAAUCGGCCAUGGACUUCGGAAGAGACAAAUCUCCUCGGUGUUUUACGUGCCAAUUCUCCCGAUGGCAAGUUACCCCGAGGAAUCAUAUCCUCCUACAUUUUGUAUGUGGACAAAUGGUUGGCUAUAUAUUCCGACGGGCGUCCUCCCAUACAGAACGAUUUUAUUUGUCUGCGAACAUCGGAAUUCGAUUUGAUUUCGAUCUUUUUUAUCCACCCGAGCGCCGAAGACCGCGGGAUCUUUAGGAAUUUGAUCUUUCGCUUCUACGAAUUGCCCUCAAAGGCCGCAGAAAAGAUCAAACUCCAUCUUGCUCGCAUCUAUCUUUUUGGGAGCAGUUUCUGGUUGGCCUAUACUCCCCGAGAUACUCCCGAUGUUGUCCGGACACAUGCCGCACCAGCCCGUGAGGCUAGCUAUGCACCCACACCUCGGCCAUGAUACACACUACCAUGGCGAGCCAGCUACAGUACCGCAAGACAGUUAGACAGUCGUCACUGCACGCCAGACCCGGUGCAAUGCAUGCUGUCGAUAUGGUGCAUUUGCGCCAUUUGAACCGUAGCAUACCGUUCUACAUGCUCUUCUUGAGUGACACACCAAGUCGGCGUGACGAGGAUGACGGCGAUGCUGCGAGCGGCAUAAAUCUUAGGAGUGCUGCACAGGCGGAGGCGGAGGCGAUGGGGUUAGGGAUGCUUCAAGCGGCGUGGGAGCGUGAGGAGCUGCCGCGCGUGCGUCCUGUGGACCGUGCUCCGGUGAUGCGUCUGUCGCGGACGAUCGACUCCGUUGAUGACUGGCGACGCGUAUCACAAAACCUCGGGGCAGCGGUAGUAGUAGGAGGAGGUCCUUGGCCUUCGUGCUGUGUGUUCACCGAAACUCUGGCGAGGGGAGCGGCCCUCGCCGGAGGACUCGUGUUGCCAUGAACACCCGGCAACUGAACCGGGCCAGCCUUCUCAUGAGUACGUUGACCUCCAUCGUUCUCCAUGAUUGUUUAGCAGCGGUUGUGAGUGUAAUGUUGUGGUAGCCUUGCGGUGGGGGUGGAGGCGGA